ACUUGUGGCCUGUGACUGUGGAGUGUGGGCUGUUUUCAAUAAUUAUUUUUGUAGUAUCCAAUUUCCAAAACAAUUGAGUGGUUUUACCUAAGUUAAGCGUUGUGACCAAGCUGUUUUAAUUGUUAUUUAUUUGAAACAACAACUUGCAUCCAUGCACUCCACACAAGACUGAAGUAUGGAUUGUAUAACAAGGAUUCGAGGUUUUAAAUUAAGCUGUUCUUUCAAAGACAAGGAACUGAACAAAAUUGCAGCAUUCUUCAAUGUGUCGACAUUUCUGUUGACUUGUGCUGCAUUGGUCCAGCCAAGUUGGUUCCGCAUCAAGGGGCUGCACUGCACCCAAAGUCUUUCCUUGACACAGUUCUUCAGUUUUGAUGAUGAUGAUGAUGAUGAUGAUAGUGACCAGAUAACUAUACGUCAGAAUGAAUUUGGGUCUAUGGACCAGAAUGCUGACAGUGGUUUGCCUCCAUGCAUCACAAUAGAGAUUAUAACUCUUAUGAGAAUACUAAUUCUGCUGUGUUUCAUGGUGUUACUCUGUUCGAGCAUCGGUGUACUGAUCAACUUUACCAGUCUCAACAGUAAAGCUAUCAAAAUGCUGCGAAGAAAUGCGGUGCCAAGCAUAAUGUGUGUGUUCUGGGUUAUUGCGAUAGUUGGUGUGUGUUAUUACACAACUGUCGUUCUUGGUAAUGAAAACAACAGUGACCCGAAUACAAUACAAGUUGACUAUGAAUAUGGAUUUUACACAAUUACUGGUGCAGGCGCCCUGGCUCUGUUGGCAUCUGCAGCGAAUCUCUGGGGUGCUCCUCUGUCCAACGACGAGGACAUACAGAGACGUAAUCUCAUGGAGGACUGGGACGGCUACGAAGCCCACAGUGUAGGCCCUACACCAGCGGUACCAACACUACCUCCGUACACACCGACCGCUGACUACGUACCUAGUGUACCCACGUUCCCCGCACCUGUACUGGGCUCCCAACAAUACUUCCCCUUUGAUGACCUCUCCAUAUUACCUCCUCCUCCACCCUAUACUCCAUAGACAACCAAAUAUAUUUUUAUAGAGCUUUUGUCUGUAAUGGCUAAUGUUUUCCGAAUACAUAUUUAAAGUUAGCUUGUACAUAAUGUAGACGACUAUUGACUUAGUGAUAGUAUUUAAUUUAUAAGCAAUCGAACGCCUUGUAGUUUUACGCAAAAGUUUAAAGUUGAGAAUCUCAAAUUUAAGUAUUGUUGCAAUGUAAGUUGCGUGACACGAGAUUGAUUAGUAUUUGUCUAUAAAUGAAUUUUGCUUCAACUAAUUUCAGUUGGUUAUUUGAUUUAACCCGUCGAUCGUGGAAAAACGAGACAAAAGAAUUUCUAUUGUGUCUU